AUGGACCCAACAAUCGACAAUGCCGAUCCGAAGGCCUGUUCUCAAAUCGCUGCCCUCUUCGAAAUCCUUGAUCGCCGAGAUGAAAUAAUAGCCGUCCCCAGUGUCAAUACUUGCCUGACCAAUGAUGCGUUUAAGAGACGUUUUCAGCUGCUCGAACCUCACGGAGAGCGCGACGCACACGCAGAUCAGAAAGAUGUCCGUGAAGGUCCAGACGAGGGUCAGAAAGAAAUUCAUGGUGGCCAGGAGGAAUCCCAACCACAUGGAGAAGCGGACAUGUCUGAAGACAUUGUCGUAACUCUCCAAAAAAAAUCUUUCCACGAAACCAUUUUCAUUACAUAUUCGUGCCCUUUCCAAAUUGUACACCUGGCAUAA